AUGAAGUAUUUAGAGUUGGUAACAACAAGAAACAUGGUGUCUGCUGCUACAGGAGCUGGGGCUAUUUUCCUGGUGGCCAAGACCAUCAUCGAAGGGAUCAAGAGUCCACCUCAUAAUCCAGAGCCUCUUCCCUUAGCCAAACUUGCUUUAGCUCACCAGAGUAAACCUGUGGUGGACUCUGGAGAACUCAGAAGACUUUUGCUCUCUCUCAACCCAAAGCUAGAUGCUUACUCCAAGAAUAUGAUGCUCCAUGGAAUCACCCGUUGUGUUUAUCUACUGGAAUCAGAGGCAUCUGCAUGUACUUAUGAGGAUAUUAAACUUGUGGCCUCAUUCCUGGAUGAUUCAGACAUGGGUGUCAAGAUUCAGACAAUGCAUGCUCUCAAGGCUUUUGCUGGCAUCUGGAAAUUUAGAAUCAGAAUUCAGGAAUUCAUGCCGAAGAUUCUUGAAAUUAUCACUGAAUUAUGGGAUACCGAUAUACAUGUUGCUGGACUAAGAUUACUGAAUGGAUUGCCGUGGCCAAAUGACAUGCAACCUCUCCUGAAAAAGCUCUUGCCCAUCUUAAUGGACAUUCUGCAGAUGGGGACCAAUUUGGCUCAGGUGCAGAUUCUAAAAUUCCUUAGCACAUUAGCCCAGAAGGAAGAACUGUUAUUUGAUAUUAUGAAUUGCCAGGUGCAUCCAGAAUUCCUCAGCCUGUUCCAACCUUCCCAGCUUGGAAGCCUGCUCUUUGAGCUGCUAGUGCUCGUGGAACGGCUCUGCGAGGGCCGCCUGACUCCCCACUACCAAUCGGGGCACUGGCAAUACAAUGAGUUGUCACUCCAUGAGGUCCUUUUUGGAGACAAUUCCCGGCUAGCUGAUUGUCUUCUCUCCCUCAUCAUUCAUCCCGAGGAAGAAGUGCAGAUCCAAGCCUGCAGAGUUAUUCUGAAACUGCAAUUAAACGAGGAGGGGGAACUAGCUGGCACCCAGAGCGCCAAUUUAAGCAAAUUCUUCUGUGAGAUCAACGCUGACAGUCCCGAUGAUGAACCUAUGUAUUAGAUCCUUGCAGAAUUUAACACAGAAUUAAAUUAUCUUUAGAAGUAUAGAAAGAAAACAAUUCUUUUGAAAAGAUAAAAUCUUUCAAAUUGGAAAGUGUAUAUAGGAGAAAAGCAGGUUGGUAUUCAGUCAAGAGGUCAAGCAAUCCUAGUGGCCGUGCACCAGUAAAACUCUUCCUCAAUAGUAAUAUCCCAGAACAGAGCAAUAGUGACAGCAUUGCUUAAGGUGGUCCAACUGGUAGAACCAAGAAAGGCCUUCU